UUAUUUAUAUCCUUUUUUAUUUAACGAUACAAUACUGUAUAAAGAGCAAUUAAUGGGGUAGAGGUACCAGAAGCACGUAGAAGAGCACAAUUUGUUGAUACAAAAACUAAAUUCCAUUUAUUUGUCGUCAGUCGACAUGUUAUUAUAUGUUGUGUUUAAAUUUACUUCGUUCAUAUGUGAUAUACAAAAUGCAUAAACUUUUUAAAAUCUUGUAAAAUAAUAUUAUCAUUUUUAAUAAUACGGUUUAUUACUGAAAAAGAAAAAUAACGUUUUUGUGAGAGGAGGUACACGACAUUUAAUAAUCUGUUAAGUUUUUCUGAUGACGAAAUGUUGUUACAGAUAUUUGAAAAAAGACUUGGCAUCCUAUUCCUUCCAGUACUUUUAAGUGGUAUACUGAUAACAUGUGUGCAAGGGGAAGAUUGGCUUACCGAAAAUAAGACAUAUAGAGAACUUGGUUAUCGUUUAUCAAAAGAUGUACUGCCACGGCACUAUAAUAUCAGCAUAAUAGUUUUUGAAACGAUGGAUCAUUUAAAAGGCGACUGCGAAAUUGAUAUUGAAAUUUUCAAAGCAACGUCGAAUAUAAGCUUACACAGUCCCGAUACGAGUGGUGAAAAAAUAAUAAAAUUAGUUAUGAAGAAUAAUGAGACAUAUGAACGCAUAGCUGGAGAAGAAUGCAGGAACAAUUUUGGAAAACAUUCUAUCCAGGAGAACAUUCUAGACCUCUGUUUCAAGCACCAGCUAUCUCCUGGAAAUUAUACUCUGUCCAUAUCAUACGUUAUACAUAUUGGUGAAGGCAUAGGGGAAGGUUAUUUUAACAUUUUAUUUCAGCCUGAAGCACGUAAACAGUAUAGAUUGUUGGCAACAAAUAUUCAAUCUAUUGAAGCUCGAAAAUGGUUUCCGUGUUGGGACGAGCCGGAAUUUAAAGCAACAUUUCUAAUUAGAUUCAAUCAUAAGAUGAACUAUAAAAUAUGGCCAAUAUGGUCAACUACAAGAUUUACAUCAGAGGAUCAUAAACAAGACUGGGUAUGGACAAAUGUUGUCAUUCCAUACCCAAUAUCUACAUACCAUGUGAUGUUUACACUAACUGAUUUAGAUCUUGCAUAUAUAUCUACACAUAGAUAUACCUAUAACUCUGACGAUGAAUAUUACGAUGAAUAUGAAGUUGAAUAUGCGGCUGAAUAUGCAGCUGAAUAUGAAUAUGAAGAUAAAAAUAUAUCACAUCUUACAACAACCGAAUCUUAUAAAAUAAAUGUGUUUAGUACAUGGAGUAGACGUAGCGUGGCAAAUUUUAUGAACUUUGCAGAUAUCGUGAUUAGGAAGAUCAUAGAAUCUGACUGGUUUGGCAAAAUUCCUAUAACUGUUUUGAAUAUAAAUCUACUUGCACUUCCGGCUAUGCCAGAGGAUGCCAUCGGAAAAUGGAGGCUCAUUCUUUAUAAAGAAUCGCUUGUUACUUAUAAUGAAAUAUUACAUAGCAAUGUUCACAAACGGGAGAUAGCACGCACAGUAGCACGUGGAAUAGUAUAUCACGAGAUAGAUAAUGCAAUAACACUGUCGUGGUGGUCUGACUUAUGGUUCAAAACAGGACUUGCCGCUCUUCUUCAUGUGGAAAUUCUAGAUGAGAUUUUUCCGAAAUGGCGAUUUCUAGAUUUGUUCGUGGUUCAAGUUCAGCAAGACUGUCUUCGUGUCGACACACAGUUUACUAUGAAGCCUCUUUCAUAUGAAGUCCGAACACCAUCAGAAAUUAAAUCGCUUUUCUCUUUCCCAAUUUAUGUCAAAGCACCUGUCAUAUUGCGCAUGUUACAACAUAUUAUGGGCUACGAGUUUCUACACAUUACCAAGAAUUAUAAGGACACGUACAAGUUUCAGUCUCCUAGUCUUAAUCAUCUAUGGGAUUUAAUGCAAAAUAAUAUGAAUAAUCCAAACCUGAAAAACUAUACCUUGGAAAAUAUAAUGGAGACAUGGACAACAAGUAAUAAUCAUCCUAUUGUAUAUGUUCACCGAAGUGAAUACAGACUCUCAUUAUCUGUAUAUUACGUCGAUGAUAAAGGCGCUUUAGCUGGGCCAGCGUCACCUAACUGCUUACCUAUCACUUUCACUACAUGGAAGCAAUUAGACUUCAAUAACACAGUCCCUUAUAAUUGGAUACUUCCGGAGGAAAGCAGUGAAGUACAUGUUCCACUUUCUGAUAGUGAUGGUUGGAUCAUAGUAAACUUAAAGCAAACAGGAUACUAUCGUGUGAGAUACGAUUACACGAGCUUAAAGGCAAUUACAGACUAUUUAAAGCAUAAGGAGUAUGAGAAGAUUCAUGUUAUUAACCGUGCUCAAAUCAUCGAUGACACAUAUUAUUUCUUCAUGAAAGGAGAAGUUACAUACGACAUGUUUGCGUAUCUCAUUUAUUACUUGCGGCAAGAGAGGGAUUACGUAGCAUGGUACCCAAUGUUCCAAAUUUUUAGAGACCUAUCGCGUUUCUUACUAUUUGAAGAGAGCGAAUCUUUAAAGAAAGAUAUGCGCUUUAUCUUGCACGGUUUGCUCGAAAACUUAACAUACAACGAAAAGGUCGAUGAAGAUGAUCUUACUAAGUGGUUGCGCAGAGAGGCUGUAAGAUGGGCAUGUAUUUUUGGUGAUACAGAUUGUGAAGAAAUUGCGCAAUCUAGACUGGAGAAACACCUAAAUGAUCCUACAAAUCACAAACUUUUGCCGGAAUGGAGAGAAUGGACGUACUGUAAAGGUGCGAUGAUUGCGGAUGAAAACGUUUUGCUGAAGUUGAAAGAAAUACACAUAAAUGAUUCAAAAGUGUUUGAUUAUAUUUCAUGCGCUGAAAAACCUCGAUUUGCUAUCGCCAGUUUCUAUUAUUCUCCUAGCUGGAAAGACAAAUAUCCCACUAUUUUCCGUUAUGCCAUCUUUGUUGAUUAUGCAGUGGAACAUGUAGCCGCAAUCAUACGACUUCUAGAGGCGUACAAUGUUUCAGCUUUCCACAAAGCCAAACUAAUAUUUAUUAUUAUAAAUCGUUCAUUUCCUGAUAAUCUUCAACGGAUAAGCAGAAUCAAGUAUUAUUAUUUUAAAUACUCAGAAUUAAAUGGCAUUCUUGAUGAUGUUAUCAAAAGACGCUGGCGUCAAAUCGAGUACCAGAAGGACAGACUUGUGAAGUUAAAAAUAAGAGACAGAAACUAAUUACUUAAAUAUGUCAGUGAGAUAUACAACUAUAUGUUUAUAAAAUUGUAUUAUAAAUAUUUCUACGCAUAUUGGCUUAUAAUUAGAUAGUGUUUAACAAAUUUAUGUAUUAUUCAAUGUGUUUAAUUUUGUACGUUAAAUUUAUAUUUCAAUACAUUUUUCUAGAUAGUUUUACUUGUGUUUAGUAUUAAUAACGUUAUUAUUAUUAUUAUACUGUCUGUCAUGUGUCAUUAAUUUCGCUUUUACUAUAAUUUAUAUUUAUAUUACCGUACAUUUUGUUUUUCUUAUAUAACAUUGUUCUAAAUAUACAAAGUAAGUCAGUAAAA